GGGUGCUCCCGGCGGCGGGGUCUGCGGGGCGCGGCGCGGGGCGCGGGCAGAGCGCGCCGGGCGGCAUGGAGGGACUGGUCCUGCUCAACGCCCUGGCCACCCGGCUGCUCUUCGUGCUGCACUCGCUGGUUGGAGUCUGGCGAGUGACCGAGGUGAAGAAGGAGCCGUGGUACUGGCUGCUGGCGCUGCUCAACCUCUUGCUUUUUCUGGAGACGGCGCUGACCCUCAAAUUCAAGCGCGGCAGAGGCUACAAAUGGUUUUCACCAGCCAUAUUUUUAUAUCUGAUUAGCAUUGUUCCAUCAUUAUGGCUUCUUGAAAUGCACCAUGAGACCCAGUAUUGCAGUAGCCAAUCUGAAGGAAUGUCAAAGAACACCAGCACCAAAGAAGACUUCAAUCAAACUAGGUUGUCAACUCAACAAACCAACAGAGCGGAUGAUCUCAUUGAGACGGCCAAAGUUUUUGUAAAUAACUUAUCUACAGUAUGCGAGAAAGUUUGGACUUUGGGACUCCAUCAGACAUUCCUGCUAAUGCUAAUAAUUGGAAGAUGGCUUCUACCCAUUGGAGGCGGGAUUACUCGGGAUCAACUCUCUCAACUUCUCCUUAUGUUUGUGGGGACAGCUGCUGACAUACUGGAAUUUACAAGUGAGACCCUGGAAGAAGCAAAUGUGAGGAAUAGCCCUGCUCUGGUCUAUGCCAUCCUUGUUAUAUGGACUUGGAGCAUGCUGCAGUUUCCACUUGACCUGGCAGUACAGCAUGUUGUGUGCCCUGUGUCUAUGACAACAAGGGGGUUCCCCAGCCGGUUCUUUUGCCAAUACAGUGCCGAUCUGUGGAAUAUUGGAAUCAGCAUCUUCAUACAAGACGGUCCUUUCCUUGUUGUGCGACUCGUACUGAUGACCUAUUUCAAAGUGAUCAACCAGAUGCUGGUGUUCUUUGCUGCCAAGAACUUCCUGGUGGUGGUGUUACAGCUCUACCGCCUGGUGGUGUUGGCCUUGGUUGUCCAUGCUUCCUUGCGAAGUCAGCAAGAACGCCUGAAAGGAGAGCACAGACGCCCAGCUGUUCCAGCUGAGAGUGGGGUCUCACCUGGGGCCUGGGCAGGUGGUUCGAAGGAGGGCUUGGCUCUUCCUUUACAGGCCUUGCUGGUCACCUCCGACGACUCUCACCUGACCCCAUAGUUAGUCACCGAGAGCAGCGUGCCGCCAGAAGGCUUGACUUUCUGGUUCCUACAGACAGAAUCUUCUCUCUCUCUCUCUGUCUCUUUUUUUUUAACCUUGGCAUAUAAUAAUUUUCAAAAGAACAACAUAAAAAGUGAUCUUAAACCAAAGCCGAGGAACUUCU